AUGUUGUCAGACGGUAAUGCUGUGUCUCGCCCCAUUCCAUUUAAUAUUUCCUUGAACUACUACCAUACUCAGAAGUCGGAGCAUCUACCGAUCAUGGGGAAAAUGAACUAUCGUCCUGCAGAAAAACCUAUGGAAAGUAAAAUUAGCAGAUCAGAAGCUUCCAGUAAGCUCUCAAAAUCUCCUGGGACUAAUCUGAAAAAGAAAUCACUUAAUGGGGCCAAAAGUGCCUUGAAGGAACCGAAACUGCCCUCCUCGAUUAUUCUCCCUGGAAAGUUAGGAGAAAUUAAUGAGAACCUGGAUGAUGCAUCUCUUCUCGCUGAGAUCAGAAGACGCAUUUGUGAUCAAAAUGCUAAGACCAUCAGGGUAUCGCCAGUACCGAAAACCUGUCCCCCUCUUCUGCUCCGGGAUCUCUGUCCUACGUCAGUAGCUGUGCGUAUACCGUCGAAGCAGAAUUGCAGAUAUGCCUUCAUCAAAUUUGCUUCCUCGACAGCAGCUGAAGCAGCGGCAAAAGAGGUGACUGGGAAGCUUGUGGGUGGGAAAGCGAUCAAGGCGAUCUUGUGCAGCGAAAGACCUCCCCGGGUGGAAGCUGACUGGAAAUCACCGGAGGAGCGGGAACUAGAUGCCUUUGACCUGACCACCCUCUAUGUCUCGUGUCUUCCACGCUUAACAGAGCGCACGACUCUCGCCCAGAUCUUUCGCACUGCAGACAAGAUUAAAUAUGAAAGCCUUCCGGAUGGUACAUCUAAGGGAUUUUGUAUUUUGAAAUAUCGGACCCGCGAAUUGGCUCAAAAGGCAUUCGUGGAGCUCCACGGCACUCUUUUGAAGGGAGUACCGAUUUCUGUCAACUUUUUGAUUAAGUCCAAGGAGAAGGCUGAAGCGAGGGAAACGGUGAAGGAAGAGGCCUCGCAUGAAGAUUUGAAACGCAAAGCACCGGAGGGAAGCGAAGAGGUUAUGAAGCCGAAUAAGAAAUGCCGUUGCGAAAAUACAAAUGCUGAAGACGGCAAGGUCGUUAGUGACCCAUCUGGUCAGACGAGGGAAAUUCCUACCAAAAUUAAAGUUGACAGAACAGGAAACGAUACAGUUUCGUUAAAGAAAGCGGAUAAGGGUCCGGACUUCUCUAUCAAGUAUUCAAAGGGUCCUGAACCCAAACGAGCUAAACUGCAACCCUAUCAACUCUCGAAGAAGUCUGGGAACAGGGCAAAGAAACCAAAAAAUCCCAAAUAG